AAACGCAUUGGUUCCUGUUCCUAGCGUGAAGCGUUUAGUGCCCGGGUUCUUCUUCCGGGCACGUUAUUGUUGCAUCAGCAUCAAACCAUCCAGCAACUGUGGCAAUGUCGACCUCAGGAGAGCCAGCCUUUGAGUAUGGCUUCUUGCUACAGAUAAAUGAGGAGGCUGCGCUGGCAGUGGCCCUGAAUGACUACCUAACAUCACGCAGCUACCUGGCUGGGUUCUGCCCCUCCCAGGCCGACCAGAAAGCCUUUAAGCUCCUCCACAGGCCCCCAGAACCGCAACAUGUCCACGCUCUGCGCUGGUACAGACACAUAGCAGCCCUGCAACAGGACCUCAGCCCUGAGAGCAGCAUGAAAGGAAAGCGGGUUCAGCCCCCUUGGUCUCCACCAACAGGAACAGAUAUUCCCCAACUUCGACUCUACAACAGCCUGACAAGAACAAAGGAGCCGUUUGUUCCUCAGAAAGGGAAUAAAGUGACGUGGUACAGCUGUGGGCCUACAGUGUACGAUGCCUCACACAUGGGACAUGCAAGAUCCUACAUAUCUUUUGAUAUUCUGCGAAGGAUACUGAGGGAUUACUUCAAGUAUGAUGUCUUCUACUGCAUGAACAUCACAGACAUAGAUGACAAAAUCAUUAAAAGGGCUCGGCAGAACUACCUCCUGGACCAGUACAAGGAGAAGGAGCCGCGAGCUGCUCAAAUACUGCAGGAUGUCCUGAGUGCCAGAGAGCCUUUUCAGGCGCACAUGGCUUCGACAGCAGACCCAGAUAAGAAGCAGAUGCUGGAGAGGCUGGACGCUGCUGUUACAGAUGCUCUGCAGCCCCUGCAGGCAGCGAUGGACGCCAAAGCAGCAGAUGAGGUCGUCCAACCUCUGGCCCAGGUGCUGCUGGAGAAUUCCAAGGACUUGCUGGCUGAUUGGUUGGACAAGCAGUUUGGAAGUCAAGUCACAGAUAAUUCAAUCUUCUCCAUUCUCCCCAAGUAUUGGGAGGGAGAGUACCACAAAGACAUGGAAGCCCUGAACGUUCUUCCUCCAGACGUCCUCACGCGAGUCAGUGAAUACGUGCCGGAGAUUGUGGAGUUUGUGAAGAAGGUUGUCUCAAAUGGUUACGGGUAUGAAUCAAACGGUUCUGUGUACUUUGACACCUCGAAGUUUGAUGCCUGUCCGCAGCACUCGUAUGCCAAACUGGUGCCAGAGGCAGUUGGAGAUCAGAAAGCUUUAGAAGAGGGGGAAGGGGACCUGAGCAUCUCUGCUGACAGAUUAGGUGAGAAAAAGUCCCCCAAUGACUUUGCCUUGUGGAAAGCCUCCAAGCCCGGAGAGCCUUCAUGGGACUCCCCAUGGGGGAAGGGAAGGCCUGGCUGGCAUAUUGAAUGUUCGGCCAUGGCUGGCUCCAUCUUGGGAGAGUCCAUGGACAUCCACGGUGGGGGGUUUGAUCUCCGGUUCCCCCAUCACGAUAACGAGUUGGCUCAGUCUGAGGCUUUCUUUGAGAAUGAUCACUGGGUCAGGUACUUCCUGCACACCGGGCACCUGACGAUUGCAGGCUGCAAGAUGUCGAAGUCGCUGAAGAAUUUCAUCACUAUUAAGGAUGCCUUAGCCAAGAACACAGCUCGCCAGCUCCGUCUGGCUUUUUUGAUGCAUUCCUGGAAAGACACUCUGGACUACUCUCCCAACACAAUGGAGUCAGCCGUCCAGUACGAGAAGUUCAUGAAUGAGUUCUUCCUGAAUGUGAAAGACAUACUGCGUAGUCCUACUGACAUCACCGGUCGGUUUGAGAAGUGGGAGGCUGCAGAGAUGGAGCUUAACAACAGUUUCUACGACAGGAAGUCCGCCGUCCACGAGGCUCUGUGUGACAAUGUGGAUACUCGCACCGCCGUGGAGGAGAUGAGAGUGCUGGUCAGCCAGAGCAACAGCUACAUCGCCAGCAGGAAGAGCGCCAAGCUGAAGCCCAACCGCACGCUGGUGGAAAGUAUCGCCGUGUAUCUCACCAACAUGCUGAAGAUAUUUGGUGCCAUUGAUGGAUCCGAGUCCAUCGGUUUCCCAGUGGGAGGACAAAGUCAGAACAUUGAUCUGGAGACCACAGUGAUGCCGUACCUCACCGUGCUGUCAGAUUUCAGAGAGGGCAUCCGAAAGAUUGCCCGAGAGCAGAAAGUGACGGAGUUGCUGCAACUGUGCGAUGUUGUCCGUGAUGAUACGCUACCGGAGCUCGGAGUCCGACUGGAAGAUCAUGAAGGUCUGCCUACAGUGGUGAAACUGGUGGACAAAGAGACAUUACUGAAGGAGCGAGAGGAGAAGAAGAAGAUGGAAGAAGAGAAGAGAAAGAAGAAGGAAGAGGCUGCCAGGAAGAAACAAGAACAAGAGAUGGCGAAACUCGCAAAGAUGAAGGUCCCUCCAUGUGAACUGUUUCGCACGGAAACAGACAAGUAUUCCAAAUUUGAUGAAACGGGUUUCCCCACUCAUGAUGUUGAAGGCAAGGAGCUGAGCAAAGGACAGGCCAAGAAGCUGCGCAAGCUCUUCGAGGCCCAGGAAAAACUGCACAAUGAGUAUCUUCAGAUGAACCAAAAUGGCAACUGAUUCUGUUUACAAACUAUCAAACGCCAUCCGCAGAAUAAAUGUUAAGGCCAGAGAUGCCGGGUCAUCGUUUGUCUCCCGUUAAUCUGGUUCGGAUCAGAAAGCAACGCAAGUGAUGUUUUGUUUUGUUUUUCUCAGUGAGUUUCAGAAUGACGGUUAAAAUUGACUUCAUAACCAAAGUCUGUGCAUCAUUUUUCAUAAUGGGAGAAAUCGAAAACAAGGCGAUGAGUGAAGUGAGGUUUAAUGAUGUGACAGUGUAGCAGAGUGCUGAUGAGUCUCUGUCGGCACUCUGCUAACGCUGUCUUCAAACGUUUUAUACAUUAAUGAUGUUUUCGACUGAAUCUCUGAAACACUGCCAGUAAUUUAAAGGAUUUUUUUAUUGUAUGAUUUAAGCUUGGGAAAUGGGGACUAACCUACAGGAUAUACAGAUGGGUAACAAAGUAAAAGAAAAACCAACUUGAAAAGUCUUAGUAAGAUGUUGUUCCACCAUGAGCCUCUAGAACAGCCAGGUGUGCAACUCGGCACUGGAGGGAUAAACACUGUUUUUCCGAGAGAUUUUCCCUCCUUUGGUGCUUUGAUGUCAGGUCGGGCUGAGAAGUGGAGACUGUGAAGCCUCUAGUAAAGAUUCACAUGGUUUUCACACUCAUCAAGCUGUCCAUGUUGCUCAUUUAUUCAGGUUUUUCCUUUUUAAUUUGUCACCUGUCUGGAUCUACAGUAUAUUUAGAGAUCGGAAUCGGCUGAAGGCAUCGGGGCUGCAACUAACGAUUAUGUUCAUUAUCAGAUUAUCGGCCAAUUAUCUCUCUCGAUUCAUCGUUUUUUGUCUCUAAGAUUUAAGUAAAUAGUGAAAAAUGCACGUUACAGUUUCCCACAACAAAAUGAGAUGCUUGUUUUAUUUGACCAACAGUCCAAACACCAAAGAUAGUUCAGUUGACUAUCAUAUAUGACUAACGAUAGAAACAAAUUCUGACAUCUGAGAAGCAGAAAAGCAAAUGUUUGGCGCUUUUGUUUGAAAAAUUACUAAAACAAUCGAUCGAUUAUCAGAUUAGUGCGGAUAAAGAUUUAGUCGAUCGAUUAAUCCGCUUGUUCUUGCAGUUCUAAAAAGGCACCUUUUUUGAAAUAAAAACAGUAUUGGACCAAUGCUGUUUUAGUCGA